UACUGAUGCGCAGCGGGAGAUACUUGACGGCCAUUGAAGGAGCAGAGAGCAGCAAGUGAGACCACCGGUAUACCACAUUGAAGCGAGCUGUACCUUGUUGGCAGAAUGGCGGCUCCAAUUUUUGCCCAAGAGGCGACUGAGGAGAGGGCUGAAAAUGCUCGGCUCUCCUCCUUUGUCGGUGCGCUGGCACUGGGAGAUCUUGUCAAGUCGACCCUUGGGCCAAAGGGAAUGAACAAGAUGCUGCAGUCCGUCGGCUCCAACGACAUUAUCGUCACCAACGACGGCGCGACGAUUCUGCGCUCGAUUCACCUCGACAACGCGGCAGCCAAGAUCCUGGUCAAUAUUUCUAAAGUACAAGAUGACGAGGUCGGCGAUGGCACGACUUCCGUCUGUGUCCUCGCCGCAGAGCUGCUCCGGGAGGCUGAGAAGCUCAUUGAGACCAGGAUUCAUCCGCAGACAAUUGUCGAGGGCUACAGGAUUGCAUCGGCGGCGGCGCUGCGAGCGCUAGAAGAGUCGGCCGUGGACAACGGAAACGAUGCGGAAAAGUUUAGGAAGGACUUGAUCAACAUUGCCAAAACGACGUUGUCAUCGAAGGUGCUUUCUACCGACAAGGACUACUUUGCCAAUCUUGCAGUGGAAGCAGUGAUGCGGUUAAAGGGCUCCACCAACCUUGAGCACAUUCAAAUCAUCAAGAAGGUGGGCGGGAAGCUGACAGAUUCGUUCCUGUCAGAGGGGUUUAUCAUGAACAAGCGCAUCGGGACAAACUGCCCCAAGACGCUGCGGAAUGCGAAGAUCCUCAUCGCAAACACGAGCAUGGACACGGACAAGAUCAAGAUCUUCGGCGCACGCGUGCGCGUCGACGGGACGGGCAAGCUCGCCGAGCUGGAGAAAGCCGAGCGCGAGAAGAUGAAGGCCAAGGUAGAGCGGAUCAAGAAGCACGGCAUCAACUGCUUUGUAAACCGUCAGCUUAUCUACAAUUACCCGGAGAGCCUGCUUGCGGAGGCGGGCAUCGUCAGCAUCGAGCAUGCCGACUUUGAGGGUGUGGAGCGGCUUGCGCUCGUCACGGGUGGAGAGAUCGCGAGCACCUUCGACCGGCCGGACUUGGUCAAGCUGGGCCAGUGUGAUCUGAUCGAAGAGAUUAUGAUCGGCGAGGACAAGCUCAUCCGCUUCUCGGGCGUUGCAGCCGGCGAGGCCUGCACGGUCGUUCUGCGCGGCGCGACGACGCAGAUGGUGGACGAAGCGGAACGCUCGCUGCAUGAUGCGCUGUCCGUGCUGUCGCAGACGGUCGGCGAGACGCGCGUCACGCUCGGCGGAGGCUGCUCGGAGAUGGCGAUGAGCAAGCAGGUGGACGAGGAGGCUCGCAAGACGUCGGGAAAGAAGGCGAUUGCCACGGAGGCUUUUGCGCGCGCUUUGCGUCAGCUGCCCACCAUUCUGGCAGACAACGCAGGGCUGGACUCGUCGGAGCUGGUAGCGCAGCUGCGUGCCGCACACCAGGCCGGAAAGAAAGACGCAGGUUUGGAUCUCAAUGAGGGCGCAGUCGCGUCGAUGGUCGAACUCGGCGUGACGGAGAGUUACAAGCUCAAGAGGCAGGUGGUCAUUAGCGCCAGCGAGGCAGCUGAGAUGAUUCUGCGCGUCGACGACAUCCUCAAAGCGGCGCCGAGGAAGAGAGAGGCACAUUGAUGAUGACCGUCCCGCAAUCUUCUGCCGCUUUCGUCUGCGCUCCGUCUGUUCAAGCCGUACACGCUGUACGAUCACACACGCGAGACCGCCCCUGGCAAGUGGCACCCCGUCGGUCGCUCUUGUAUCUGGAGCGCUCUGACAUGUACAUCCGCGCAUGUAGUUUGCAACAUUGGACAUGGCUAAUGAGAGCAUGGUGCAAAGGCCAUGCGCAGGGUUCGAUGAAUGCUACAAAUGAAAAACAUGU